CCAUCAGAUUUAAGGAGUUGGACACGUGUUUCUUUCUUUCUUCUCCCCACUCUCCAUUUCUUCCUCCUUUUUCCUUUGUUUCCUUUCAACUCUAAACCGCAGCCGCAGCUAGGCAGAAUUCCAACAAAAAAUUCUCUCAUAUCCCUCCACGCCGCAACUCCAGCCCACUUAUACCCUCUCCUCUAAAAAGAAGUUGUCAAUCCCCUCUUCUCUCCUUCUCCGAUCAACUGCAAAGCUAAAGUUUCCUUGAUUCUCGCUUAAAUUUUAGAAAUUUUUUGGGCAAUUCUUCUCCAUUUCCCACAAAAAGAAAAACAUGAUUUCAAACAGAUAUCCAUGGCCAUGAUGUUUGGCAUCAUGGGCUUGGUGACAAACUAUUUGGGGAUGGGACCUAAGGCAAGCACAAAACGAUGAAGUCAGCUGUUGCAGUUUCAACAAACAAUUCCUGGAAGUGGUGUUAGAUCCUGUGGAUAAAUUCUCAGAGAAUGAAGCAUCUGGUGUAAACGGAGUUUGAAUGUCGAUGCUUAGAAAUUCUCUGUUAUAAUCCUCUUGCUUGUUUUUAAGGUGACCUGUACUGAUUCAUGAGAUCAAUUGCAUGUUGUGUCAUGCACCAUACUUAAAUAUGCUUCUGUCAAUACUCUCAGCGCUCAGCAGUGGCAAUUGAUAAUUGAUGUAGUUGGUGUGUAUAGAACAGAAUAGGUUACUUAAAAAAAUCUAUUAGAUUUACAAUUUAUAGCACUGUAUGGCUUUGUACAAACACAUGCAUGUGGUUUCAGCUGCUAGAGUUGAUUGUUCUGAGGGCAUCCCUAUAUUGUACAAUAUUUUUGAUCAAGAUCUUUUUCACACGUUUUCUUUCCAUUAGGUGGUAAAUUACUAGCCCUGAUGUUAGGUGAAGGUGAUUUUCCUUUUUCCUCCCUUAAGGACACAGCAUGCUCCAAGUCUUAUAGGUUAUUAGUAUUUUUUGUUAUCCUAGAUGAAUGAAAUGUAAGGAUAGUAUUCUAUAAGCAAGGCAGGCUAAAACUUGCUUACUAUAAUGGCAAAUGUAAGUGUACAGCAAUCAUUUUUGACAACUGCACCUCUUGCAUUCUUUUGUUCGUUUAUUUUUUUUUCUAUAAAUGAAAUGGAAUCUAAUCAUGGGAUGUUUGAGAAAUCAAUGAAAUCAUCUUAAUGUUAACAAGCAGCAACAUAUUUUCCAUUUUAUCCUUGGAAGUUGACUUUAAAAGUAACAAAUAGCAUUUGUACCUGGAACAUUUCGUUUUUUGUUGUUAGUUCACAUGUCAAUUUACAGAGACCUGUAUCAGUUUAGCAAAUAUCCAAAGCAUCAUUGUGUUCCUAAUGGAUAUAAUCAAAUGUACUCAUUGCAAUACAUUAGACUAAAGUUUUACAAAUUUGGCAAAUGACGGGGAAAGAAAGAGGGGUAGCUGCCAUUAUUUAACUACUUUUCUAGAUGUACAGAUAUGUGUUUCAUACUGCUUUGUUUUUCUUUUUUCUUUUUGUUAGGUGUACAUUGGAUAGAUUGAAGAUUACAUCUGCAAGUUGGCAAAGAGAGGAACAACAACAUCUCAGAAUGGUGUACUAUUUUGUGUGACUUGAGGGAUUUUUUUGAGCCGGCAGAACUUGCACAUGAGAUUCUUCUGCACCAUCAAGUAAGCAAGAAGCUCUCUCCCAAUUGGAAAUAGUUUUCUCAUUUUCUGUUCUGGACUCAUGAAGAUUGGCCACCAUAGGCAAUCAUUUGGAAAUACUUGAUGAUGAUCUCUUGCUCUCGUGUCAAUUGGGAAAUAAACAUCAAGGAUAAAUGUUUUCAAGAAGGGUGACGUUCAUAUUUGUAUUAACAAUCUGAUUCAUGAGAAUUAGAUGCUUGUCUUGCGAAACAAAUGGAAAUUUGAGCUAUGCCUCUAUGCCUUUCUACGCUUCACAGUCAAAUAUUUUGAUGACAUGGACGCUCUCUUUGACUAUGCUACCAAGCACUAAACUGGUUGCUUAUGCCUCAAGUCAGAUAGGCGUUUUGGAACCCUUAAGUUGCUCUGGUGGAAUAUGAGGCUAAGGCAAUUUCUUGGUAAAUUAUGUCUCCGAAGAGUGAUUUUGUGUAGAAUGUACAGUUCAAGAGAAUCCUUGCAGGAUAGUUCAGAUAUGGUAAAAAGGGUAUGUAAGAUUAUGAUGUCUUGCCCGAAACUUGGGCUUGAUACUGAGCUUGACCAGAAUGGGAUAAGGGUUUCCCCUGAAAUUGCUGAGGAAGUACUCAAGAGAUUUGAAAAUGCUGGAGUGCUGGCUUACCGUUUCUUUGACUGGGCAGGCAAGCAGCGUAAUUAUGAGCAUAGUGUUAAAGCAUACCACACCAUGAUUGAGGCUUUAGCUAAGAUAAGGCAGUAUCAGUUGAUGUGGGAUCUUGUGAAUGCAAUGAGAAGUAAGAAAAUGCUUAAUAUUGAGACAUUUUGUAUCAUUAUGAGGAAGUAUGCUAGGGCAAAGAAGGUGGAGGAGGCGGUGUACACCUUUAAUAUGAUGAAAAAAUAUGAUGUGCCUCCAAAUCUAGCAGCAUUCAAUGGCUUAUUGAGCGCUUUAUGCAAAUCAAAAAAUGUGAGAAAGGCUCAGGAAAUUUUUGAUAACAUGAAAGGUCAAUUUGUUCCUGACUCAAAGACUUAUAGCAUAUUGCUUGAGGGAUGGGGAAGAGCUCCCAAUCUGCCCAAGGCAAGGGAAAUUUACAGAGAAAUGGUGGAGGCAGGCUGUGAUCCUGACAUUGUGACUUAUGGGAUUAUGGUUGAUAUCCUGUGCAAAGCAGGUAGGGUUGAUGAAGCGGUUGAAAUAGUUAAGGAGAUGGAAUUCAGUGGUUGUAGGCCAACAUCAUUUAUAUACAGUGUUUUGGUUCAUACAUAUGGUAUAGACAAUCGGAUUGAAGAUGCUGUAGAUACCUUCCUUGAAAUGGAAAGUAGUGGAGUGGAGGCUGAUGUAGCUGUCUAUAACGCCUUAAUUAGUGCUUUCUGCAAAGUUGACAAGUUUCAGAAUGCUUACAGGGUUUUGGAUGAGAUGGAGGGCAAAAAGGUGACUCCCAAUUCAAGAACUUGCAACAUCAUCUUAAACAGUUUGAUUGGCUGUGGGGAGACUGAUGAAACUCUUAAAGUUUUUCGUCGGAUGAUUAAAAUUUGUGAGCCAGAUGCAGACACUUAUACAGUGAUGAUAAAGAUGUUCUGCGAUAGGGAUGAGCUUGAGAGGGCUUUCAAGGUAUGGAAGUACAUGAAAAAGAAAAGGUUCGUUCCUAGCCUGCAUACCAUAUCAGCCCUUAUCAAUGGAUUAUGUGACAAGGCGGAUGCCUCUAGGGCUUGUGUCUUAAUGGAAGAGAUGAUAGAGAAUGGAAUUCGUCCAGGAAGAGUGACUUUUGGCAAGUUAAGAAAUCUGCUUCUGAAGGAAGGGAGAGAAGAUGUACUUGAAUUUCUUCAGGAAAAAAUGAACCUUUUGGUUAAGGAGCCUUUAUGUGAUUGAGAAUCAGGAGUUCUGUGGGACAGUUAAUUAAGAUGAAGAAUCAAGAACCCAGAUUCAUGCAGUUUGAAAAUUUACAAUGCCGAGCGUUGGAAAAGACACCUGUUACCUGUUUAAGCAAGUGCUGCAUUUAACCGCUAUGGCUAUGAGACUAGUUAAGAGUUGGUCUGGCAGGUUUCUGGUAGGAAAAGGUUCUUGCCUUCCAAAUGUUCCAGAAGUUGCAAUUUAGGCAUUUGCCGGAAACUGUAGUUCGCACCACGGUUUGGACCGAAAUUUGAGUUCCAUGAAGCAAAUACUGUAAGAUACUUGUAUAAAAACAGUUUUGAGAGCCGCUUUUAGCACUGCA